AACCCUUGGCUACCAUCUCACACGGGGAACAAAGCCUCAAGGAGUUCUUGCUUCAACAGUGUUUGAACGGAACUUUGUUGUCUCGUGUUUUCAGCCGACCUGCUACUAAAGCAGACACUCAGCUUUAUUCUGUACCUUGUUUCUAAAGAGAGAGCCUAAAAACCACCAGCUAAAAUGGAGUGUCAGGUGCGUCAGAACUACCACCGUGACUGCGAGGCCGCCAUCAACAAGAUGGUCAACCUGGAGCUGUUUGCCUCUUACACCUACACCUCCAUGGCCUUCUACUUCUCCCGUGACGAUGUGGCCCUUGCAGGUUUUGCUCAUUUUUUCAAGGAGAACAGCGACGAGGAGAGGGAACAUGCUGAGAAGCUGCUGUCCUUUCAGAACAAGAGGGGAGGACGCAUCGUCCUCCAGGAUGUAAAGAAACCAGAGCGUAAUGAGUGGGGAAGUGGCCUGGAGGCUAUGCAGUGUGCUUUGCAGCUGGAGAAGAACGUCAACCAGGCUCUACUGGAUCUGCACAAGAUGGCUUCUGAUCGCCAAGACCCUCAUCUGUGUGACUUCCUGGAAAGCCACUACCUGAACGAGCAGGUGGAGGCCAUCAAGAAGCUUGGUGAUCACAUCACCAACCUGACCAAAAUGGAUGCCAACACCAGCAAAAUGGCAGAGUACCUGUUUGACAAGCACACCCUGGAGAGCAAGAGCUAAAGAGGUGUAGAAGUGAAAAUAACUGACAGGUUUUAUGUUCCAUCUGUUGAUCCACUCCACAUUUCUAACAUCACUGACCCUCUCAGCUGUCUGAAGAUGUUGUGUUGGAUGUUCUAAAGAGCAGAUUCUUUAUUGUGGGCCUGAUUCUGCUUCCUGUUCUGAUUACCUGAAUAAACAUGUCAGCUGCA